UGACGAGUUCGACGAAGUGAAAAAGUAUUAUUCGGAGGCUUUUUUGCCAAUUGAAAACCCCAAAGCGAAAGAAUGCUCUAAUUUCGUCGCAAAAUAUCGUGAACUUUUUUCAACGAAAAGAGAAAUCCAGUGUUACCCAACGUAGAUUACGUCUGACUUGGAGCGUUCAGUGAUGUGUAAUUUGCGCAAGUGAAGAAAAAGGUGAUGAUAAAAUUUUUAUAAUCUUAAAAUAAUGGUAGUGUUACGAUUAUAAAAUAGACUAUGUCGACGUUAAAUGUUGAUAUGGGUAAUCUCCGUUGUAGCAAAAAUGACUUAACACCCAUUACAUUCAUUAAUUAUUGAGUGAGUUUAUUUGAUUUUACGUAAAAGUUUGCCCAUCUCAAGUACGUCCUACUCAACAUAAACUUUCGAAAAUGAGUUCUGUCGCGUUUGAAGAAUAUGAAUUAAUGAACGACUCGAAGUACAGAAUAUAUGUCACGUCUAUCGAUAAAGCUCUCAAGAGCUUCGAAUACACCAGUGAUUGGGCAGAUCUCAUCUCAUUUCUGGGAAAACUCAACAAGAUUUUGUUGAAUCAUACCAAGUAUCCAGUGAUACCUCGUCGUAUGAAAAUAAGUAAACGAUUAGCGCAAUGUUUACAUCCACAUUUACCUUCGGGCGUGCACCUAAAAGCACUGGACACUUACGAUAUCAUGUUUCGCACCAUGGGAACGAAUCGUCUCAGUCAAGAGUUAUUUAUUUAUGGCUCUGGUUUGUUUCCUCUACUCGGACACGCUUAUACGAACGUUAAACAAUGCUUAUUGACAAUUUACGAAACGCAUUUCGUUCCUUUGGGCGAACGAUUAGUUCCUGGCUUGAACGGAUUUCUCAGCGGGGUUUUACCCGGACUCGAAGAAGGAACUGAUUACUACGAAAGGACAAAUUCAUUAUUAGAGAAAGUUUGCAUGGGCGUGAAUCCGUCAGUAUUUUACACAUGCUUAUGGGAAUGUCUAACAUCGAACGCCGCAGUCCGAUUGCCUGCCAUUUCAUUCAUCUUGUCGCAUUUCGAUAAACAUUUGACUAUGAAGGAGCAAAUGUAUUUAAUGGGAAACGAUGUCGAAUUGAUGGUGAAUGGUUUAUGUACGUGUUUUCAAGAUUCGAGCGUUCUAAUUCAACGCAGCGCUCUCGAUUUUUUACUAGCCGGCUUCCCGAUGCAUAAUAAUAUUUUAUCAAAAGAACAUUGCCAGCUGUUACUCACUUCUGUUCUUGUCACAUUGUUGAGAAGGGAUAUGUCCUUGAAUAGACGUUUAUACGCGUGGCUUCUCGGGUCCGACAUUACGUCAAAUUCCACAUCUCCUAGUAAAGAUUUAAUCGAUCAUGUAAAGCAGUCCGAUGAUAGAAAAUUGGGCACAGCUGAUCAAUAUUUCAAAGCUUAUUCUAAAGAGCUGUUAAUUAGUGCUAUACAGCGUGUGCUGAAAAACGCUACGUGUGAAAAUCCUCACGAUCUAAGACCAUACCGAAUAUUAAUUUCGCUUCUAGAUAAAAGUGAUAUCGGACCCGUUAUCUUGGAUGAUAUAUUAUUCGAAGUAUUCAGACUACUAUACCUGAGCUGGAAAGAUCCCGGCAGUAAAGCAUCCAACGGAAGCGAGUUAUUAAAAUCAGCUAAUCUAUUAUUCAGUUCUUUGGAACCGCGCUAUCUGUGGCAAUACGUAGGUGUUUUGUUCUCAGACGCUUGCCGUAAAAUGCCUCUUACCACCGAAGACGAGGACGAAAACGUGAAACCGGUCGGUAGCGGCGACCCAGCAUUAAUGGAAGUCUGUAGCAUAAUCAUAUUCUUACUGGACUCGUUAUCUUUGGAAAUUUACUCGGAAACUUUCAGCGAGUACUUACCGGAUUUAUUUCUACACAUUAUUACCUCGUUGAACGAUCACUGUGAUACUAUUAACGCAGCUCAAGUAGCCGCUUCGUUGAAAUUAUGUUUAAAGAUUCUGUCAAAAGUUCGAUCUCCGGUGCUAAUAUCGCAUACGGCGAGCUCAGUUUGCGAUAAUUACGAUAACGAAAACUACACCGUUUUAACGAGUGAAAAUAAAAUGGCCGAACCCGGUAAAAUAAUUCAACUACAAACUAGCGACUUGUCCGGUGAUAAAUCGGAUAAAAAAAGACCAUCUAAACCCGUAUCUAGUCCUAAUAGUCGCGACAGUACCGAAUCAUCGAUUGAUAAAUCCGAAUCGGACGACAGUACCGAUCAAAUUGACGAUAAUCUUGUCGAAGAAGAAGUCACAUCGAUGGAAAAAUGCCUAGAGCACUAUAAAAAGUUCUACGUCACUUUUAUCUACGGUGUUAGACUGAAAAUCGGCGAAACUAGGAAUAUUUCUAGUUUAUUUAAAUUAUUACUGGUUAAAUCACCCGAUGCGGCUGCCGAAGAUAAAGCCAAGUAUUUGGAAUUGCUGUUACGUGAAAUACUGUGCAGGAAUUCCAGACAGAAUUAUUCGAAUUUGAAUUCGUUCCCUGUUCCGUUCAAUUCGAGAAGAGAUCUCGAUUGCGGCUUCUCUAGUAUUACUCAGAGUAAAAAGAAUAUCGGAAUGGAGUGGAAAGAAGCCGUAGCAUUCGCUUCGAAAUUAUUAAUCGAGUUGUCUACAUUCCAAACUUCGGUUCCUUCGGCUAAUUUAUUCAAUGAUACGCAAAUCGACAAAGAAAACGUAUUACCGGAAUGGCUGAAAUCUAUUAUAAUAUGUUCCUGCUGGCUGGGAAACAUCGCUGUACCUCUUCAGCUAGUCGCCAUUUCUACUUUAUUAGACUUGGCACUUCUUUGUCGGCGUUCUGAAAUGUAUACUCAGCAUGCCGUAUCAUCCAAUUCAAAUAAUUCCUCAUCGAACCAAGUCGUUACCGUAGUCGUUUUCGUUCCAUUACUAACACCCAGUCAGUUACUAUUCAUCGAAUAUCAAACUAACGUAUUUCAGGUUAUAAUACAUUGGCUUUGGUUGCAUCUUGGUGACCCUACGUACGAAGUAAAAUGUGCCGAACUGAUAUGCCAAUUACAGAAUACUCUCAAUAUUCCCAAUGCCAUUGAGAAUUGCAUAGGCGAUUCAUUAUCUCAUCUAUUAGAAGAAUCUAAACGUUUAGAAGCAUUCCGCAAAUUUGUGAAAUUAUGGCAUAUCAGUAGAGAAGUAGUCAAGUGUAGUAAUACUCCUCAUACUGAGGAUACAUUCUAUAAAUGCAUGUUGAAAAUCUUGGACGUUUUACCAAUCAAAGAAAGCAAUUGUUUGAAAAUAGAAGCCGAAAGCUGGUUAUUUCAUUCGCUAAUGCGAGGUGAUUGCGCCAGAAUAGUAGAACCGUUGCUUCUGAUUUUAAUAGAACGAAACACUGCUCGUGUUAGCAUAUCGCAUGCUAAAAUACAACAACAUCUUCAAAGCGACAAUCAAUCUUUAGAUAGCGAGAAUUCGGCCAUAUUUGCAAUAUGUUCGACGUUCGGUAACCCGGUCACCUACCAUUUGAUUCAGAAUAUCUUACCAUCAAAUGCGAUACAAGAUACUAAUUUCAACGUUAUAAAUAAUCAACCUACGAAAAAUGAUAGCAUCGAUGAUAUUUCCAUUAAAUCUAGUAAAAGCGUUAACGCUGAAAACGUUCCGUGUCGAGAAUACGUUAAGAAAUUACCUUUUUUACAAAACAUAUCGGUUUUCAUCGAUCGAGGAUCGAUUGACGAUGCUGCCGAAGUAUCGCAAACGGUAUCUGAGUUCGAUUCGAUGGAGGAUAGAGAAAGGAGUAUUUCCGCUUCCGAAGGUAGCAAAGACAGUUUACAAAGAUUCAAUACGUUACCGUUGAUCAAAGAUAAAUUAGGUUCUAUGGAUACGAUCAAGUGUAAUACCGGUACCGGCGAGAUGAAGAAAUCACGUAGUUUCGUCUCUGAUAACGGAUUUUCCAAGGAAAACAUCGACGACGAUUCGAAAAAUGGCGAGUUAGUUCGUAGCUUGUCGUUUUCCGGACGAGAUAAUACUAAUACAAAUUCCAACAAGAAUACUUCGUUCGCGUUUCUUUCGAACGGUAAAACCGAAGGAAUAAAUAUCGCUAAAGCUGUCAUCGAAGAUGUACUUACAGAAAUCGUUGACAACGUCGUCGGUGGAAAGAAAUCGGAUAAAUCAAUAGAAUGUGAAAAAGAAGAAGAAGCCGAUUCGGCUAUCAGCUGUAACAGCGGAUGCUCUUCGGUUACUCUGGAGUACGAAAAAGAAGACAGUUACGCCGACGAAGAAGAAACCAGGUGCAGAAAAUACGCUGAAAUCGAUAACAAACAAUUGGAGAAAUUCAGCUCGAACCUAGGAGCUGUGCAAUUUUAUUCGCAUAUGUUGCUGUAUUGCGAUUUAUACGAUACGAAUAGAAUUCUGUACACUUUGAACAAAUUUCGAGAUAUUUUAACGGUGAACGCUAAAGCUUUCUUGUUCGCUACGUCAACGACAGUGGUACCGAGUUCGUCUCCUCUUGUGCAUUUGUUAUUGAAACAUCGUAAUUCGAUUUUCGCUAGAGGUUUCCAAUGCGAAGAGAAAUCCAUGGAAGCGUUCAGCAAAAAUACCACUUACCUCGAGGUGUUGAUUACUAUUUGCUUGUAUUAUGUACGGAGCUAUUAUCCAAAUAGUGGAAACCCGAAGUUGACUGAGAAGGAAAUUUUCGGAAAUAAACAGGUGCAAUUGGCUAGUAUAGAAUUACUUUCGCAAAUAUUUUUCCAAUUGUGCGGAGUCGUUCAGAGCAACAAGAACGAAAUGGCUCCGUUUAUUCGAGAGCUUUUGAGUCGAUGCAAAGUUCAAAAAAUUGCUCUUCAUUGCGUUUGGUGCUGUUUAUACGACGAUAAUCAAAAUCUACACUUGUUCAUCAAAGAGAUACUCGUAUUUAAUCGUAAAAGGAAUAAAUCUUCCGAUAAUGUCUGCGAAUACAAUCAGGCUUUCCAGAUACAAUUUUUAAGAUUGCUUUUAUCUUUGAUUGUUUUGGAAAACGAUAUCUAUCAAGAAGAAAACACGGUGAACGUGACCGAUAACGACGAAGAUAUUUCGAUAAAAUGCGAUUACAUUUGCGAUCGUCAAAUCAUCCAGCAACCUUUGUUCUUGCACUUAUUGAAAAAAAUGCUAGAACCUAAUCCGUGCGCUAGACCGAACCACGAACGUGUCAUAUCCUUCAUUAUCACCUGUUUACCAUAUUUUAAAAAAUCAUUACCUAAAAUCGUCGUUAAAGUUAUUCGACAAAUUUGCUGGAACAUCGAAGUAUCUUCGGAUGUUUACAUCAAAUCGGUCGAUUAUCGAAUGAAACAAAGUAUACCUUUUAAUUACAUGGUGAUUCUGUUGGACGCCUUGACCAUUCUGUCGCAUUACUGCGUACUCGACCAAGUAACCCAACUCAUGUUGAAACCUGUCACCGAUACUACUUCGUUGAGAACGUUCAACGGCCUGUUCCAGAUGUAUAGCGAUUUUCCCAACAUCGGGAAUUUUUGUAACGGUAACCGAAACACGUGCCCGGAAGCUAAAGAAUCGGUAUUGCACAAUUUACCGAAGAUUUUCUUCAGCGUUUCUACUCUGUGGCAGACUAUCACAUCGUCCAAGCAAAGAGAAUAUGAAAACGUUGCUGGAAGUUUACUCGUUGUGAAGAGUCAAAUUUUGAAUUUACUCAAUCCUAUCGCAGUUCAUCAUAGUAUGCACUUUUUCGUAUCCGUUGCCAUCGUAUGGAAGGAUAAAAGAUCGUUCGUUAUCUCGAGUCCAUCGAAAAUGACCGUAGUUCCGGAAGCUUCAAAAGAUCAAUCAGUCCUCGUGCAUUUGAUCAGCUCUUUGAAUUCCGUCAGUCCGGAUAUCCUCAUGAACACCAUGCAUCGAAUAAUCAAACAACAAUUCACAUUUGGUGGCGAAAAUAGCACCGAAAUCGAAAUCAGCGCUUUGGAAGUGCUCGUUCAUUACAUUCAACUAAUAACCAUACCGCGUCUGAUGGAAUGCUGGAAUUGUCUAUUGCCUUUGUUGAAAGAAGCACCCAACGUCAGUACGAGAUCUCAGUUUUUAUUAUGCGCCGCUGUGAGCCAUUUCGUUAAUCGAAUGCCUUCGACACCCGAUCGUCUCAUGGAUAAAAAAGAUUUCAAAGAUUUACAAGAUAUCAUUAUCAAGAUGGUCGAAUUAUGCACCCAGAUUGCCGGUGCUGGAUUAGAACAGACGACUUGGUUACGUAGGAAUCUAGCUGUUCGUGAAAAUGAUUCUUCGUCGCCGAUGAGUGGUGUUACUAGUGUCCUGACUCCUAGUCUUUUAUUCAGCAAGGAUUCGGAUAAGCAAAAUUCUGCCACUGCCCAAUUCAGCGUCGCAGCUCAACUGGUGUUGGCCGAAUUACUGAUCCCGUUACUAGAUACCGUGUACACGAAUCAAGAUAAAGAAAAACUCGUCACAUUGUUGAUAAACGUCAUGUAUAAUAUUACUCCUUAUCUGAAAAAUCACACCCAGAAAAACGCCAAUAGUUUUUACGCGUGUUCGCAACUAGUAGCCAGUAUUUCCGGAUAUCAGUACACGCGUAAAGCGUGGAGAAAAGAUGUCAUGGAUUUACUUCUGGAUUCGAGCCUGUUUCAAAUGGAAGUCAGAAGCUUAAGGCAUUGGAGAGUAAUCGUCGAUAAUCUAAUGUCGCAAGAUAUUUCUUCGUUCAGAGAUCUAUUGAGUCGAGUGCCUCUAAAUCAAAAUAACGCGUUGAAUUUAUUCUCGAGUAAAGAUCAAGAGUACGAACAAAGGUCGCAGGUGCUGAAAAGACUGGCAUUUGUUAUACUCUGCAGCGAACAGGAUCAGUUUCAUAAGCAUAUGCCUGAUAUACAAGAAAAAAUCACCGAUAGCUUGAAAUUACCUCAGAGCACUCCUGGUAUUCAAGCUCAAGUAUUUUUAUGUUUUCGAGUACUUCUGCUUCGCAUGUCUUCGCAUCAUAUUACGUCACUUUGGCCAGCCAUUAUCACCGAAAUGGUACAAGUUAUGUUGCAAAUGGAACACGAACUUUCUACUGAUACCGAAGAGUUCGGGUCCCAUAUUCGUGUGUUAUCAUCGUUGGAUUGGCCAUGGAUUGUCAACAGUAAUAACGGACUUCACGCUAGCGGUCAUCCGCAUUGGUUGCAGUUGCAAUUAGCUGCAGCCAAGUUACUUAAAUUAGCCGUGCAAUUGCCUGCAGAUAGAUUACCUCAGUUUCAAAUGUACCGUUGGGCUUUCGUAGGAAGUGCCGCACAGCAAUCAGAUGUAUCGAAGAAUCUUUCAUUCAUACCGCCGAGCAGCUGUGCCGCCGAUUUCGUACCUCACGUUGUUAGAAUAGCAUCUUUGAUGAAUAAUAAAUUCGGAGAAUCACCACCGCCUUACACUCAGCUCGCCGAUUCGCCUCCAAGUACCGCUAAACUGCUCCCUUCAGCUCGUGAAAUUCGCGCUUUGCAAGAUCUUCAGCCGUUUUUCACGGCCUUGAGUAGAGGCGAAGUAGGCCACGUUAGCGGCGUUACCGAGCUCGAGGAAGAAAUCGAAUUGGAUUUCUUGGAACAGUUACCAUAUUCGUCGUCUUCGCAGUUGAAAUAAACAGUCCCGGAUAUAACAUAUUAUUAUUAUUGGGAAUCAUUUGCGCUGAUAACGUAUGUACCAAACAGCACGUGAGGAAUAAAUGCCCCAUCGUGUCGAGGAGAGCUUGUGCAAUCGGCUUUGCAGCCACGCAUACUAUGAAAUAACCGAAUGAAAUUAUUAUUCUUCUUUUUUUUUCUCUGUUUUAUCGCCGUUCACUCGGUACCUAUUUUGUUAUUUUUUUUGUAUUCUUUUUUCUCGUUUUUGUUUUCGAUGUGAUCUGUAAAAGUAAUAAAGAGUAUUUUAGAUGUA